UUUUUACAAUUUUUACUUAAAUCACCUUUGGUUGCUUUAAUAAUUGGUUUUCCAAUUAUAUAGUACUUUCGUUUGGAAUUUCUUUUUUAUUUGAAAAAUCUUUUUUCAAAAACGGUUGUGCCAACGUUUGGCUGAAAGUCCCUAACGUUUGAAAUUGUUGAUGUGUAAUGGCGGUGUUUACUGUUUGUAAAAAAUAAAAAUGUGAGUGUUUUUUUCUACGAUUUGUGCUUGAAUAAGUUUUGGUUGCUUUAAUAGUUGGUGUUUGUUGAAAACGUUAGUGAAUUUUGGGCAAGUUUGUGAAAAUUCGGUUUUCCAACCUCAAAAUGGAAGACCGGCCUUUAUCACCUAUUCUAAGCACUCAAAUAUCACGCAAAUGGAUUAGAAGCAAGAGAUCACAGAAAAAAAGUCGGGUUAAUUUGACGAACCGGUUUCUGGACGCGUCUUCCAGCAAUGUUUUAACCCCAAGCCAAACCGAAAACUUUUUGGAAAGUAUAGAAAAAGACUGGAGUUUGGAUAAAAAUUCUGAUGAUGUGUUGAAAAGAGCCGAAAUUUUGACUCCUCCCCAAGGUUUUAAUUGUAAAAAUGAACCCAACAAAGUUGAUAAUCAAGGUUUCAAAGCGUCUGAUGAAGCCUUGAAAAAGGCCAGAACGUUGUUUGACGACAUGCUAAAUCCUGAAGGUUGUAACAAGGAAUUAAGUACUGGUUUUGCAGGUUUUAAAACAGCUUCAGGAAAAAAUUCCUUAAGAUCCGAAAAUGCAGUCAAAGAAGCUAGGAAUAGGAACAGUAAUGAGGGAACUACCACAAGUUUUGUCGGUUUUAAAACAGCUUCAGGGAAAAGUUCCCUAAUGUCUAAGAGUGCAAUCAAACAAGCUAGGAAUAAAUUAAGCGAAGAUUUUAAUACGAAAAUUUCGGAAUAUAACGCAAGUUUUUCGGGUUUUAAGACAGCUUCAGGGAAAUGUACAGUAAUGUCCGAAAGAGCAAUCAACCAGGCCAGGAAUAAAUUAAACGAGAAUUUUAAUUUUGAAGACGUUAAAAAUGCGAAAAAAUCAGAUUUGAGUGACGAGUUCAGAGGUUUUAGUCAAGAUAUGAUUGAGAAAAAUCGGAAAAAACUUGACGAAUUUCGCUCGAUUGUAACACAAUUUAACAAAGGUGUAAAAAAAGAAAAAAACUUAGAAACCGUUCGGGAAUUUCCUAAAAAUAGGGGCUUCCAAUCAGUGAAUUUAUCAAAAGACAGGCUGGAAAAAGCGCGUCAAUUGUUCCAAGGUCUGGACGAUUCGUUUGGUCGCAAAAGGCGUUUUUUUGAGCAAGAAAAAUUUGGUUUCUCUCCUGUUAGAAAAAAUCCGAGUGUUUACAACUCAACGCCUUUGAAAAACACCUCUUUUACGUGUCUAGAAUCGGACGUAACACCGAUCAAAAAAAUCAAAAACGAGACAAUUAUUACACAAAAUGAUAGAUUUGUAAUUCAGAGCUGCACUAAAGGAAAUCUCGAUACGUGGCUUCAAAAUUUGCAAAACGAACGAAAAAUUCUUGAAGUAAAACUUAAAGUUAUCAUCGAGAAGGAGAAAGUUUUAAAUUUGCAAAAAGAAAUUCUGGAAAAUAGGGUUCAGAGACAGUCUGGAAUUUUAUUUACUAGAAAAGAAAAUAGCGAACGUGUUUUGUUAAAACAUGGCAUAAACAUCGAUUCGUGUCGUGUUUCAAGUGAAAUUAAUUCGGAAAAUUCGCCCAAUGUUCAUUUGAAGGAAAAACUGCCAAUGAUUAAAACGUUAGAUGGUGCUUGUGUUGUUCCAAAUGUCGAUAAUUUCGUUGGUUUAAGUGAGAUUGAAGUAGCGUUUAAUACAAUACCAGGAGUCGAAACCAAAUUAAUACCAAAUGGUUGGGUGCAAAAUCAUUUCAGAUGGAUUGUUUGGAAGUUGGCGUGUUACGAAAAUUUUAAUUUCGAUUGUUUAACAGUCGAAAAUAUUAUGCAACAAUUGAAAUAUCGAUAUGAUCGUGAAAUUGAUCGGGCGCAACGUCCAGCACUUCGAAAAAUUUAUGAAACGGACGAUACGCCCCAAAAACGAAUGGUUUUAUGUGUGGCUAAUAUUUUUAACUUGGGUUUAAAUAAAUUCGAACUGGAAUUGACUGACGGUUGGUAUAGCAUUCGAACGUUAAUUGAUACACCUUUAUGCCAGCAAAUUGCUAAUGGGAAAAUUCAAAUUGGUACCAAAUUGGUGAUUUUUGGUGCGGAAUUGUUGAACUGUGAUGGAUGCCAUCCAUUAGAGGCGCCUGAUUCAGUCCGUUUAAAAAUCCACUGCAAUUCAACGAGAAGAGCCCUCUGGCAUGCCAAACUCGGUUAUCAAAAGUGUCCAGAUCCGUGCUUGCUAAAAUUGGCCUCGUUUUAUCCAAAUGGGGGCCUCAUCGGUUGUAUCAAAGUGUACAUAGCUCGAGUAUAUCCUCUGAAAUAUCUCGAAAAACAAAAUACACAUUCUGUUUGGCGAAAUCAAGCAGCUGAAGAUUUACGUGUAAUAGAAUGGGAGAGUCACAUUCGAGAUAAUUUGCAAAAAAUGGAAGAAACAAUAAGGAAAGAUUACGAAAUGAACCGAACAAAAUCGAAAAAAUCAAAUGUCAGUGUGAAUUAUUCCGAAAUUAGAAAUAUCCAUUGUCCUGAAACGUUAUUCAAUAUUUGUAGUAAUUGUAAUGAUCCUGAGGGUCUACAGGAAUUGUUAUCAGAUUCGCAAAAAAAGUCAAUUGUGAGUUACCAGGAGCAAAUUUCAUUGACCGAACAAGUGGAAAUAUCCCGUAAAAUUGAAGACAGUAUAAAUAAACAUGAAACGACCAAAAGAGACGUAACUGCACUGUUAACACUUUUGGUAUUAGAUGCUCACGAUCCUUCACAAGACAAAAGUUACGUCUUAAAAAUUUGGAAACCAACAAGCGCUCAUUUACAAAUGUUUAAGGAAUCAACAACUUGUCACAUUUACAACGUUUCGUUGAAAAAAAUUGGUGUUUUGUCCGCAACGAAUUGGACCAAAUUCAAACCAACUGAUUAUUCGGAAGAACAUUUUACGAAAUACAACCGAUUCCUUUCUCCAAUCUCUACAAUCAAGCCACAAUUUAACGAAUUUGAUACAGUGGGUGUUGUUGUACAAAUAACUGUGAAUAGUUUUGAUCAAAACUUGUGGUUGGCAGAUAAUUGCACCAAUUUGUUGUUUGUUAAAACUUUCAAUGGUCCGAAAAGUUGUCUACUUUUUGAUAAACUCAAAGUUGGACAAGUUGUUGCAAUUACGAAUUUAAUUUUAUUCGAUAAGACAACAGAUUUUGCACAAGCUGAAGCUAAUCAUUUGACGGUCGUUUCAUCGGCACCCAGACACAAGUAUUUGCAAGAGGGGCUUGAUUUAUUGCGUCAACAAUUACCCAAAGAAUUGGACACUUUUUUGCAAGAGUGCAACCAGAAAGUGGCUUUUUGUACCGUUAAAAGUGAUAUAACGAAAAAUUACAAAAAUUCGUCAAAAUCUCUGCUACAGACGUCCGAUAUUUUUGAUGAUAAUUUGGAUAGUUUCUACUCCACGAUUGACUUCGAUAAAUUGAAGUGAAAGUUGUUAACUCGUCUUAGUCCAGUUUGUUCACGUCUUUGUCUACUUGUGUUAAGUUAAGAAUAAAGAAAUCCUUCGGUUUUUUUUGGGAA